UCACUCCUCCCCUUAUUCCCUCAAAGCCAGCAGGCUGCUAUUCGAUACAGACGGCUUGCUACAUGAUCUCCUGGAAAACACUGUUCCGCAUCUCUCUUGCCACUCGAUGGCCAGGCCUUUGUAGAUUAUACACCAAGCGGAAGAGAGAUGCCAGCGCCAGGACAUUGACUCCUUUCCUCCUUCUGCUUCCCCCUCCCCUUCCUUAAUCUCCCACCUCUUGAUCUCUACCCACCCCCCGUGCCCUCUCCUGUCCUGUGCCCCCUUCCUCCCAACCUCCCCCUCCCCUACCCUACCUAAAGUCCUACUCUCCCUCUUACCCCCUUGACAAUGUUACCAUGCAUUAACUGGCUUCAGCCUUUCCUUGCCUUGCUCUCUUCCACCUUGCUGACUCGGGGCCACAACUGUCCGUCCAGCUGCCUGUGUCCAGACCACCACACCGUGGACUGCCAGGGCCAAGGUCUCACCCGCCUCCCAAGCCCCAUCCCCCUGGAUGUCCGGCGCCUCCUGCUCUCUGACAACUGGAUUCCCUUGAUCCCCUCGGAUUUCCUGGUUCUGUACAGUGACCUGGUCUACCUGGACCUGAGGAAUAACUCCCUGUCUGGGCUGGAGCCUGGCACUCUCAGCACAUCGUCCCGCCUGGUCUUCCUGGACCUGGGCAGCAACAACCUGACAGAGAUCCAGUCAGAGACCUUUGGAGAGUCCAGGAGCCUGAUUAAGUUGCGGCUGGGGAACAACCCCUAUCUUAGCCAGGUGGAGGAGGACGCUUUCCUGGGUCUCACCUCGCUGCGGGUGCUGGAGCUGGAGCGAAACGGCCUGCAGGGGCUGGACGUGGGGGUGCUGGAGCCUUUAACCUCACUCCGGGUGCUGCGCCUGGAGGGCAACCCCUGGGUGUGCAACUGUCACUUUGCUAAACUCUUUGUGUGGCUGAUGGAGAACCGCCACAAGCUUCCAACGGGUAUGGAAGGGUUGGAGUGCUCCCUCCCCAUGGACGGGAGUCUUAUGUCCCUGAGUCUGCUCUCUGAGGCCAGUUUCCGGGAGUGCCGGGGCUACCUCUCCCUCACGGAUAUCCUCAUAGUCAUCUUCUCGGGGAUCUCCGUCUCUGUGGUAGCCAUCAUAGCCAGUUUCUUUCUGGCCUCUAUGGUCCACUGCUUCCAGCGCCUGGGCAAAGCCGGUCAGGCAGACGAGGAGGAGGGCAACGACUGAGAGAGAGAAAGAGCGUGAUCUGGGACCAGAUUCAGUGUCACUGCAGGCAUUGCAGACCCUGACUACAUACCUUGUAAGAGGGCCAGGAAGAAGGGCAGGAAAAUGGAAGAGUAAGUCAAGGACAACAAGGGAGUAUUUGGCCCAGGAAUUGGGCUAAAAGGCUCUUACCAUGUGAAUUCCUGCUCGCCGCAUUGGUGGCAGUCAGAGGCACACCAGGAGGGGUGCUAGGGCAGUGGGUUAAACUGUACGCUUGAAUAAUACAAAUGUUUUCUUAGCACUGCCUUAGUGUACACAGCCUUACUACCUUACUUUGGAGAGAUCCUCCAGCAUUCCCUUGAAAUCGUAGUACUAUAUUUGGGCUGUACUUUAAAUCUAACAUGAGGUAAAAUUACUUGCACCACUCUUUCAAAGAGGACUAUUCCUCUGCUGCAGGUUCUUUGAGAUCUGGGUUGAGCUGAGAGGUAAAAGGGCAGAGAGGAGGACAAGGGACAGGCACACUGGAGUCUAAUACAUAACUAUGUCCAUUGCAGUGAUUUGAGUAGCAACCUACUUAACCUCUGUUUACCAAAGAGCAGGCUGAAUGAGAAGAUUCUAUUGUUACAAUAUAGAACACAGAAACUGGAUAGCGUGAGCAAUCAACAUGGAUGUUACACUAAACUGUGACACAAACUCUCAAAUGCAAAAUCAAGUAAAUAUGGAGGAUGUUGUUACAAUAUCUGUUUUUGGAGCACAAAUGUAGCCUGACUAUGUUUGGCGAGACAACGCCCUAAGGAGUUGGCAAGAGAGCACAAACAGUCUGUUACUUAGGCUAGCACAAAUGUAAUAUUGGUUAAAAAACAAUCACACAUUAGGUACAGUAUACUGUAUAGAACAAUAUGCUAAAAUAACCUGCCAUUUAUGACCCACAAAUGUAACUAUGGAAAUAAUUAGAUUAUACAGCUUGUACUGUAAGUGGACCAAUGUAUUUUCCUGUUUCAGGCAUAAUUAUUUUAUUUAUUUUUUACAUUUGAACAAAAGGUUUAUAGUGAUACUGAAGCUUUUGUUGAUGUUUUGUUUUUUUUUUUUUUUUUUUUUACAAAUUAAGUCUUCUCUUGUUUGUAUGGGGAUUUCACAUGGUAACAGUAUUGUCACAUCGGCAAAGACUCUAAUUCCAAGCUAGGAGGGCUAAGGUAAAAAUUAAUUCAGUGUUUUGUCGUCUUGAUCAUCCUUGAUGUUUGGGCCUUCCAGCCAUUUCCUGUGUCGGCCUUUAUAUCCUCAAUAGACCAGCAGCUAGUAGCAGCCAGGUGAAAUUGAUGAAUGAAUGCUAUAGGUCAAUGAUGUCACGUGUAUUGUUUGGCGAAGAGAAUAGUGAAACAACUGGUAGAUCAUAAAUGAAAACCAGCAUGGUCACAGAUGCUUCAAGACCUGAGUUUUGAGCGGGUGUCCACCUGUCUCACUUACGUUGCUUCAGUCAAACUGUAUCUGUCUCUGGCGCUUGUAACCCACCAAUGAGAUUUGCUGGCGCUUGCAACCCACCAAUGAGAUUUGCUGGCGCUUGCAACCCACCAAUGAGAUUUGCUGGCGCUUGCAACCCACCGAUGAGAUUUGAGAUCCCAAAAACAGAUGAAAGGGCUUUUUUUUUCUGUCAUGAUGCACCAUAACAAACACCUUGAAAAGAUAAUCAAGGGGUUGCAAAGUGCAAUAUAACAAAAAUGUAAAGAGAUAAAAUAAAGUGGUAAAAUGCACACACUAACUUUGCUUUAAAACUUUGAUUUCACAUACCUGUCUUGUUUCUUUGAAUGAAGACAUCGGUCAAAUAUAUUAGUAUUUUAUUGAUUUAACUCUUAUAUAACAAGGUGUCUUAAUGGAGAACCAAUUCUCAUUUGCAAUAAUAACCUUUUGGAACGAGAAACACCCUGCUACGCAUGUGUAAUGUAAUGGUAUUUAUCUCUGUCAAACAAAACUUUCACAUGUCAACACGGAGCACCUCUUUCACAUGCAACACAACCUAUAUAUGGUUGAAAAAAUCCCACUUCCGUUGUAUUGUUUGAAAUUGUGGCCUGUAGAAAUGUCCUAUUUCUCUAGUCCAGUCUCAUGGAUGUAUACCCACAGACAGUGGCAUCUUACAGAGAAGAGCAGAUGUCCCUGUCCAACCAAAGGAUCCCAUAUGUGGCCAAUAGGGUUGACCUUUACUCUCAAUGAAAUCUGUUUGUUUCGGUCCAAUAAUCACAGCUCCCAUAAUGCUACAGCUGGCAUCCAUAUCCCACGCCAUAGAACAGAGAGGUGAGGAUGGAAGGGCACCCUCAUUGUUAUUUGGCAUGUGGUCAUCAGAUUUGUUUACCCUACGAAUAUAGAGUAUAUUCUUAUUUGUGUUAUAAUACAGUAAAAUUGGCAGACUAUCUGAGAUAAUACGCAAUAGAGAUAACCACUGUCAUACCAGCUACAUCACUGUCUAGGUUCUGUUUGAUAGGAUAACACAACACUGUCCUGUUAUUGUUCUGAUGGUAAUAUUUUUCUUUAAAACGUUUAUUUAUAUCAUGUAUUUGUAUGUCCUUGUGGACCUUAAUGAUGUUAUACACGCUGAAAUAGUGCCUCGUGCACUGGGAGUCAGCAUGCUGUUAGAAAGUGUCGGGGAAGGGAGAUGAACAAUACUGUCUUGUGUGCUGUAAAACAACUGGAUGGCAUAGAGUUGAAGCCUGUGGGCACGGCACACACAAACAAAGGGAACGGAUGAACAGCGGGGUGUUGAGUCAGAACAGAACUCCGACUCCAACACGCCACUGAUGAAGAUCAGAGUGGAGGGAUGGUGAGCCAUUCUGCCAGUGCCUCCCUCCUCAUCCUUUAUGCCGUGCAGUCAGCUGAGCCACCAUACAGAGUGGACAGAAGUAGGAUGAGAGCGGAGGAGGGGAAGGAGGAUUUUCGGGAAUGAGGAUUUUCCCUCCACUGAAUUCCGGUUGUCGCCAUGGUUACAUGGCUGGAGGCCAGUUCGGGUUGGAAGCCGAAACUGCCACAGAGAGGAAGAGAUUUCAAAAUUGCUACGUCACUGCUCGCUCUUUCUCUCUCCCCCGUCUACUACAUUGAGACGGAAAUAACAAACAGCUGAAUUAUACAAUAGCAUUAUAAUUCUGAUGCCAAACACUUGUGCAAGUGAGACACAACUUCACUCAAUCGAAUGCCUCAAUGUUACACCCUCUGAGGAUGGAUGCAUGUAAACCAAUACCAUCCCUGUCACGUGUCCAAUGAUCCACAUCUACUUAAUGUGGCUUACCCUGCAGAGAUAACUGCGGUGGCCUGCAGGGUCAAAAAUAUGUAGAGAACAUAGGAAGUAAUACUACACCUUGCGUGAGUUGAACAUUCUGAAUAAUUGAACAGCAGCUGAACAGUAUGAAUAAUUUCUCUGUGGUCCACAAAAGGGAUUAGAGUGACAGAGGUCCAUGACCACGUUGACUGCCACAGCACCAAUAAGGGACAAACGACUUGGAACCAGUUCAAAUCUAGAAAUCCAGCGAUAAAGAUAGUGGCAUUAUGGUGCCAAUGACUGAAAUCAGUGGUUAGAACUGGAAGAAACCAAAACACCGGAGUACCACACAACAAUUGUAUGUAUGGGGCACAGAGAUGAGGUAGUAAUUUGAAAAUCAUGAUAAGAACUACUAUUGCACACAGAGUCCAUACAACUUAUUAUGUGGGUUAACAAAGGGGUUGACUACUUGUUGACUCAAGACAUUUGAGCAUUACAUUUUUUAUGAAUAUGUAAAAAUUCUGAAAA